UUUCCUCUUCCUGCCUAGGGGCCCCCUACGCUGCACAGGUACCUCUUUCCAGCCUUGCCCGUGGAGGGGGGCCCUUGCUGGGGCAGCCCCUGCUGGGGGCCUGGCCGCCCGUGUAGACUAGGCAAGUGCCCUGCUGCUGAGGGGCGCGGGGGCGAGCGGGACGGGGCUCGUCCCUCCGCACUGACUGCACAAUGCACUCGGCUGCGCGCGUCUCAUUGGCUCUGUGACGGCCGGAAAUUAGAACCCUGGCCCGGGCCGCGGCUCCUGCUUCUCCGGCGGCGGGCAGAGGGGCUGACCCCUGUCCAGCAUGAGCGAGCCCCUGGGGCCGGGGGCCCGGGGGCCGCCCGACAGCCCCGACGAUGAAGAAGUCUUCCUUCCUGAUGCAAAUUAUACAUUGCCAUCUGUUACCUUUCUGCAAGAAUUGCCUAGUUAUCAGUCCAUUUUGAGGCGGAGAACUUCUGCUGGAGGAACACAAGAUAGACGACAAAACAAUCAUGGCUUUGCGAGACCCCCUGCUGCAGAGAAAAGAAAUCUUGUAGAAAGAACAGAAGUGGAAAAUGAGGCUGUGGUUCGAUCAAUAAGAGAGUAUGCAUUAACUAUUCCGGAGAAGAGAAGACUAAGGGACAUCCAGGAGGCUAAUGUAAAAUAUUUAUCUGGAUGGGAUCAGUGGAAGCAGACCAGGAAUAAAUCAUGGAAAAAAUUCCUAGAUGAAACCAAGGAGCUGUCAUCUUACUUGGAACUUUGGAGAAAUGACAUUCAUAACAUUGAGGGGAAGUUUGGCACUGGUAUCAAGUCCUAUUUCUCCUUCCUGCGUUUCCUGGUCCUGUUAAAUUUUAUAAUCUUUGUUCUGAUGUUCAGUUUUAUAACACUUCCAAGCAUCAUUUCUCAAUACGGAGUUCUCAACAGUAGCUAUGAUAAACUGCUUCCUCCAAAAGGCAUAGAGCCGCAAUGCACAAUUUAUACAAUUAGUGAUACUAAAGGACUCGUUUACUUCUAUACUUACAUAAUAGAUCUGCUGUCUGGCACGGGUUUCCUUGAAAUGACGAGUCUGUUUUAUGGAUAUUACAGAAUAGAUACGGUACUUUUCAAUAACAUUAGAUACAAUGUACCACUUGCAUACUUGCUGACUACACUUGUGUAUCUCUCAUUAAGUCUUCUCUGGAUAGUGAAAAGGUCCGUGGAAGGAUUUAAACAAAGCUUUGUACGUGAGGAAGAUCCAUUUCAGAGUUAUUGCAACAAAAUCUUUGCAGGCUGGGACUUCUGCAUUACAGACCUGAAUGCUUCACAGCUAAAACAUAAUAGUUUAAAAUAUGAACUAAAAAUGGACUUGGAGGAAGAAAGACUAAGGCAAAAAAAAGCUUGCAGGACAACAGAAGAAAAGCUGCGCAUCUACUGUCUAAGACUAUUUUUAAAUAUCUUUGUUCUUGCACUUUUGUCAGGAUGCUUUUACUCUAUCUAUAGAGCAACAAUCUACUCACAAGACAUUAUUUCCAGUGUCAGCAGCAAGAUGACGUUUGAGGGUAAUCUCUUCGUGCAAUACUUGCCUUCUAUGGUGAUCACCCUGGCCAACUUUAUUGCGCCUCUGUUUUUUUCAUAUCUAAUCAGAUUUGAAGAGUAUUCACCAGCCUUUGAGAUCAGGUUAACACUUAUGCGGUGUGUCUUUGUGCGGCUGGCCAACAUUGGUGUUCUCUUGUUUUCACUGCGGAAUCGAAUCCUAUGUGAUAGGAAAAAGUGUGAGGCCUGUGGAUACAAUUACGAACUCUACCCAUGCUGGGAAUCUCGAGUUGGGCAGGAGAUGUAUAAGCUGAUGAUUUUUGAUUUCAUAAUAAUUUUUGCUGUGGCAGUGUUUGUUGACUUUCCUAGAAAGUUGUUAGUUACCUAUUGCUCUUAUAAACCGAUUCAGAGGUGCGGGCUGCAGAAAUUUAAAAUUCCUGAAAAUGUACUGGAAAUGGUAUACGGGCAGACAAUCUGCUGGAUUGGAGCCUUUUAUUCACCACUUCUUCCUGCUAUAGCAACUGUAAAAUAUUUUAUUGUCUUUUACAUAAAAAAGAUAAGUUUGAUGCAUACGUGUAAACCUUCAAAGAGGUCUGUCAGAGCAUCAAGCUCUAAUUUCUUCUUCCUGGUGGUGCUGUUGAUUGGGCUUAUAUUGGCUUUUAUUCCUUUGGGACUCAGCAUGACACGCAUCCCCUCCUCUAAAGCAUGUGGGCCAUUCGUUAAUUUUAACAAUUCGUGGGAUGUUGUUCCACAUACAAUACGAGGGUUUCCAACAGCUCUGCAGAAGGUCCUUAAUGGUAUAGCUUCAGAAGCAUUUGCAGUGCCUUUCCUUAUGGUUAUCUGCCUCAUUAUGGUCUAUUUCAUUGCCUUGGCUGGAGCACAUAAACGAGUUGUUGAUCAACUCAGGGAACAAUUGGUUAUGGAGAGUCGUGACAAACAAUUCCUAAUCAGAAAGCUAGCAGAAGCUCAGAAGCAUAGUUGAAAAACCUCCAAAAGGAAAUUAUGUAUGAGAUGGGUUUUGACUUCUUGAGACUUUACAGAACCACUUGAUAUAGCAGGAACAAACAUAACAAUCUGUAGGACUUUGAAAACUGAAUCACUAACUAGGGUCCUGAUCUUUCAAACAAUUUUGUGCAUGCUUAAUUUUAAGAACACAAGUAAUCCUACAGCUUCAAUGGGAUUACUUGUGCUUAAAGUUAAGAAUAUGCACAGAUUUUUUCAGGAUUGUGGCCUUAACCUGUUUGUACCAUAUUAACUCUGCACAGAAACUCUCUGGUAGGACUAUUUAUGCUGGGAGGGUUUAAGAUUGUCAGUGUUUACAUUAAACCCCUAUUUUCAGGGGUUUUUAGAUUGCUCUAAAAAUGUGCUCUGAGCUGAAACUGUGCCCAUGAAGUGUCUUUGCCCAGAAACCAUUUGAAAUAUCAGUUUAUCUGUUUAUAAAUUAUGCUAUUGUAGUAGAGGGGUCGGGGGAGAAUAGGAAUUGCUAGUUUUACACUUUUCCAAGUAACUUCUCUUUUAAAACGGAAGUGUUGGAGGCAUCUAGGUUGCCAUGCUGAAUUAGCGCAUUGGGGGGAACAAAAAAUCUGUAUUCAUUUAAGUAGAUUUCCUCAAUAUUUUUAAUAUGUAGACUUAAUGCUUUUGUCUGUCUUGUCUAUGAUGCACUGGAAAUUUGGCCCUAAGAGUUUCAGAAGCAAAAUACAAAGAAAGGAAUUUUGAACAAACACUGGGGACAGAUCCUCAGUUGGUGUAAAUCAGUGUAGUGAAACUGAAGUAAAUGGAGCUAAGCCAAUUUACAUAAACUGGGGAUUUGGCCCUUAUUUUAUGCCUGUAAUGUACUGUUGUUCAGAACAAAAUCUGAGUAAGUUUUGAAUGUUCUGGUGCCUUUCUGACUUAACUCUCAGGUGUACAUAUUUUAAAGCAAAUAAGUAGCAACUUUGCAAUACAUUUGGAAACUUUUAUACUCUUAUAUGCCAGUACCUCUUAAAUGCACUACUUAUUUAAAAAAAAAAACAAAAAACAAAAAAAAAAUUGAACUAUAUUUUUAUGAAAGAAUAAUUUCCAAAUACUCUACCAGAUUUCAUUAUUUGAAGAAUGUGCUUCCGUUGCUUAGAGUUUUCUAUAGUGCAUUGUAUGUAUGUAUGUGUGUGUUACUUGAACUCUGUAGAGGAUAAUUUGGAACAUAUUACACAAUAGCAAUAAGUAUUUAUGCAAGCCUCUGGUGUACUGUUAAUCUUUAUGACUGUAUAUCUUGGAAUGUUUCAGUUUUAAAAAACUAACAUGCAUUAAACAACUCUGAAUCUUGUA